GGAAUUCUGGGAAGUGUAGUCCAGACGCUCUGCGGCGUAGCGGGCACUUCCGCUCCGGGACGGUGAGGUUGCUGGUUUUGUCCGUGGUAGUUUGGGGCAGUUCCGCGUCUUGCAGGCCCUGAAUGUCCUGGACUUAGGCAUUGGAUCCGCAACAAACUGGUGAUUUAGGAGAAAAGAAGCUUCGACUGAGAGCGGAGGCUGGAUUCUGCCUCCCCAGGGGCUGUACAACUUAGGACUGUGUGAAUUCCCCGAAGUAGGAGGAAAAAUGAACAUGUUCCAGGAGGCAGUGACCUUCAAGGAUGUGGCUGUGGUCUUCACUGAGGAGGAGCUGGGGCUGCUGGACUCUGCCCAGAGGAAGCUGUACCGAGAUGUGAUGCUGGAGAACUUCAGGAACCUACUUUCCGUGGGGCAUCAACCAUUCCACCAAGAUACUUUCCACUUCCUAAGGGAAGAAAAGUUUUGGAUGAAGAACACAGCAACCCAAAGAGAAGGGAAUUCAGGAAGCAAGAUCCAGACUGAAAUAGAGACUGUUCCAGAAGCAGGAACACAUGAAGAGUUGUCCUGUCAGCAAAUCUGGGAACAGAUUGCAAGCGACUUAACCGCAUCUCAAGACUCCCUGACAAAUAACUCUCAGUUCUCUAAACAAAGUGAUACAUCCUGCCAUGUUGAGGCAGGGCUAUCUAUAAAUUACAUAGAACAAAAACCUUACCAGGGUAAUGAGUAUAAACAAUCUUUCAGUGGUUUCUCCAUAAUUGAUCUUCACCAACAGUUACACUCAAGAGAGAAGUCUCAUAAAUGUAAUGAGUGUGGAAAGAGUUUCUGUUACAUCUCAGCUCUUCAUAUUCAUCAGAGACUCCACAUGGGAGAGAAACUGUUUAAUUGUGAUAUGUGUGGUAAGGAAUUCAGUCAGAGCUCACAUCUGCAGAUUCAUCAGAGAGUCCACACUGGAGAGAAACCAUUCAAAUGUGAGCAAUGUGGGAAAGGCUUCAGUCGCAGAUCAGGGCUUUAUAUUCAUCGCAAAUUGCACACAGGAGAGAAACCUUAUAAUUGUGAGGAAUGUGGGAAGGCCUUUAUUCACGAUUCACAGCUUCAGGAACAUCAGAGAAUUCAUACUGGGGAGAAACCAUUCAAGUGUGAUAUAUGUUGUAAGAGCUUCCGUAGUAGAUCAAAUCUUAAUAGGCAUUGCAUAGUUCACAUGCGAGAGAAACCGUUCAGAUGUGACACUUGUGGCAAGAGCUUUGGUCAAAGGUCAGCACUUAAUACUCAUCGCAUGGUCCACACAGGAGAGAAACUGUACAAAUGUGAGGAGUGUGGAAAUGGCUUCAUUUGCAGACGAGAUCUUUGUAAGCAUCAGAUGGACCACACAGGAGAUAAACCGUAUAAUUGUAAAGAAUGUGGGAAGAGUUUCAGAUGGGCCUCAGGUCUUUCAAGACAUCAGCGAGUCCACAGUGGAGAAACACCAUUCAAAUGUGAAGAAUGUGGGAAGGGAUUUUAUACAAAUUCACAACACUAUUCCCAUCAGAGAGCCCACAGUGGAGAAAAGCCAUAUAGAUGUGAGCAGUGUGGGAAGGGCUACAAGAGGAGAUUAGAUCUUGACUUUCACCAGAGGGUUCACAGAGGGGAGAAACCCUAUAAUUGUAAGGAAUGUGGGAAGAGCUUUGGCUGGGCCUCGUGUCUUUUGAAUCAUCAGAGAAUCCACAGUGGAGAAAAACCAUUCAAAUGUGAAGAGUGUGGGAAAAGAUUUACUCAGAAUUCACAACUUUAUACCCACCGCAGAGUUCACAGCGGAGAGAAGCCAUUCCAAUGUGAAGAGUGUGGGAAAAGAUUUACUCAGAAUUCACAACUUUUUUCCCAUCGCAUAAUCCACACUGGAGUAAAACCAUACAAAUGCGAGGAGUGUGGAAAGGGCUACAACAGUAAGUUCAAUCUUGACAUGCACCAUAGGGUCCACACGGGAGAGAGACCUUAUCAUUGCAAGGAAUGCGGAAAGAGCUUCAGCCGGGCCUCAAGUAUUUUUAAUCAUAAGAGACUCCAUGGUGGAGAAAAACCAUUCCAGUGUGAAGAGUGUGGGAAGAGGUUUCCUGACAGUUCAAAACUUCAUUCCCAUCAGAGAGUCCACACUGGAGAAAAGCCAUACAAAUGUGAGGAGUGUGGAAAGGGCUUCAGAUGGGCCUCAACUCAUCUAACCCAUCAGAGACUUCACAGCAGGAAAAAACCGCUCAAAUGUGAGGACUGUGGUAAGAGCCUUAAAAACCAACAAAGAGACCAGAGUGGAGAACAACCAUACAGAUGUGAGGAGUGUGGGAAGGGCUAUAAGAGGCGCCUGAAUCUUGAUAUGCUUUUGUCAUUAUUUUUAAAUGACACAUAAUUAUUGUACAUAUUUGUGGGGUACAGUGUGAUAUUUCAAAACGUGUAUCCAAUGUAUAAUGAUCAAAUCAGUGUAAUUAGCAUAUUCAUCACCUCAAGCAUUUAUUACUUCUUUGUAUUAGGAACUUUCAAAGUCCACUGUUCUAGCUAUUUGAAAAUAAAGAGUAGCUGGGCA